AUGGCCGCCGCUAGUCGGGGUCCGGGGGUGGCCACGCCCCCUCGCCUUAUAAGGCGCGGGAGGGCGGUGACGCUGCGCCGAAGGGAGCGGUUGACGCGCGGCGCUUCCGGCAAGAUGGCGGCGGCUGAGGCGACUGAGGAGGAGGAGGAGGCGGCGGGGCUGCGCGCGGCGGUGCGCUGGGCGCCGGGGGCGGCGGCGGGGCCCGGGCCGUGUCGCCCGUCGUCCCCGGAGCGCCUGGUGCGGCGGCUGCGGUCGGAGCGCCGUCGCCUGGACUCGGCGCUGCUGGCGCUGGCGUCGCACUUCGCGCAGGUGCAGUUCCGGCUGCGGCAGGUGUCGCGCGGGGCCCCCGCCGACCAGCAGCGGCUCCUCCGGGAGCUCGAGGACUUCGCCUUCCGCGGCUGCCCGCACGUGCUCGGCUGCGCGGGGACCGACGGCCCCGACGGCCCCCACCACCUGCCCGGACACGACGCGAGCGAGCAGGAGAAACAGCAGCACUUGGAAGUCCAGAGGGAGAGGCAGCGGGAGCUCAUCGUGCAGCUCAAGACCCAGCUGGAUGACCUGGAGACCUUCGCCUACCAGGAGGGCAGCUACGACUCACUCCCCCAGUCCAUGGUGCUGGAGAAGCAGCGGGUGAUCAUCGAUGAGCUGGCCAAGAAGUUGGGGGUGAACCUGAGCGAGGACGUGGGCGUGCUGUCUCCGGAGGAGCUGCGGCAGCGCGUGGAUGCCGCCGUGGCCCAGAUGGUCAAUCCCGCUCGGGUGAAGGAGCAGCUGCUGGGGCAGCUGAAGACCCAGAUCCGGGACCUCGAGAUGUUCAUCGCUUUCAUCCAAGACGCGGUUUGGAGUCCCUCGCAGACGGAGGACGGGCGGUGUGAGUGCAGGACCGGCCCCACGCCCGCCGGGGCCUCUUCCCGAACGGGGACCCGGCCACGCCCGGGCAAUGCCAGGGUGACCCCCGAAGAAGCCCGGAAGAUGCGAGCGACAGGGCUGCAGCUGCUGCGCCGGGCGCUGGCCGUGCUCCAGAUGUUCGCCGUCACUCAGUUGGGCUGCGCCACGGGCCACGUCCCCCACCCGCUCUGGCGACCCGGCUGCGGGGACGGGGACUACGGGCCGUUGUUGCGCAGGCUGGAGGCCUCUGUGGACAGGGUGCGGCAGCUGGCCCUGAAGCCCCCGCCACCCCCAGGUCCCACCCCCGGCGGCCUGCCGGACCUGUCCCCGGCCAGCAAGGACGAGCUGACCGUGGCCGUGCGCAGGGAGCUGACGGCGGCCGUGCGGGACCUGCUGGCCCACGGGCUGGGGGCCGCGACGACCUCCCCCGGCAUGAGCCUGGUGCUGGCGCCCAUCGCCUGCCUGCUGCCCGUUCUCUCCUCGGCGGCCACCUCCCCGCAGGCCAUGCACCCCUGGGAGCUCUUUGUCAAGUACUAUGAGGCCAAGAACGGCCGGGCCUUCGCCGAGUCCCCGGCCCGCAAGCUGUCCCAGGCCUUCGCCCUGCCGGUGGGCGGGGGUGGCUCCGGGACCCCCGAGCAGGGCCUGCUGGCGGCCGUCCACCUGGUGCUGACGGAGCACGGCCCCUUCAAGCGCGGGGCCGACUCGGAGCUCAAGGCCUUGGUGUGCCUGGCCUUGAACGAGCAGCGCCUGGUCUCCUGGCUCAACCUGGUCUGCAAGUCGGGGGCCCUCGUGGAGCGCCACUACCAGCCCUGGAGCUACGUGGCCCACACGGGCUUCGAGGGCGCCCUCACCCUGCUCAGCCGCCUCAGCGGCCUCCGCUUCAGCCUCCCCGUGGACCUGGCCGUCCGCCAGCUGAAGAACAUCAAGGACGCCUUCUGAGGGUGCCGUCUGGCCAGGCCCCGCGCCCCUUACACCCAGUGCCCUUCCUCUCCCCCCUCCAAUCCCUUCCCCACCCUCCUCCUCCUCCCCCCCUCCCCCCCGGCCCCCUGACCCUGGGACGGGUGGCCGGGACUGGGCGCAGGACCGGGGUGGCCCCAAAUCCUAGGCCUGCAGGGUCAGGAAUCUACCCUUAGCCUGCCCCUUGCCACACAGGACCGGCCACCUGGGCCUACACGGGCUCCCUGUGGUCGGCCCCCAAGCGUGGAUCGUGAGGCGGCGGAGGCCCGC